UCUUUUUUUAUUUAUUAUUUGCUUCGUUAAAAUUAAUAAUUUUUUAAGUAUUAAAUUAAAGAUUAAUCGAGAGACUCGAUUGUUAUUUACGAUUUAUCGAUUCUUUUCAUCUACAAUAAAUUUUCAAUAUUAGCUUAUUUAUUCAAGAUUCUUCCGCGCAGUCGAACUAAAAAACGCAAAAAUCAUUCAUUUUAAUCAUGACAAAUUGAUAUUCGUCAUUGGCAUAAUUUUUGGUGCUACUCUCAUAACAUGAUCUCAAGUUAACAUGAUGUUCUUUAACUUUUGGAUAUUUGAAGAUGACGAAUAACAGCAAUGUAUAGGAAAUUACGUUUCUUAUUAACGUUUCUCAAAAUCAACGCAUAAUUGUAAACUCAUAAUAGCUUAAAAGAUUCUCCAAUAUUUAUAUAUAACAUCAUAUAUAUUUACAUUACACACUUUCUGCAUAUUACAACACGUGUUUCGUUAUUAUUUUCUUUUUUAUCUAAAUAAUUAACUUUUAUACAAACGAAACAACGAUCGUAAAAAAUAUAGUCGAUACUAAAAAAGAAAUGAUCCGAUUUCGCAAUCCAUCUGCAACGAAGUAUUCUUCGAAACAGAAUCAAUAUUCUUACAUUUAGUAUCUUUCAAUGAAGAAAAUAUCAUUUCUCGUUACUUAUGAUUUUCUUUUCGAUUUUCAAAAAAAAGAAUAAAUUAAAAAAUUAUGCGAAUAUGUUGGUAUUUUGUUUCCUUUUUCUAGUUUAUUCUUUUAAUAAAUAUUUCUCUCUAUUUAUUGUAUAAAGAUAUUAUUUUUCGUAUAAAAAUUAAAAUAUGUUAUAAAAAAAAUUAUCAGUUAUUCAAAAUUUAAGUUUUUCAAAUGUUAUUUUAUAUGUAACGAGGAAUGUCAUUCUUGAUAGAUUAAGUUUCUCAUUAUUAUUAUUUUUUCUUAUUCGUUUGUUCUUCAUUUAAUGCAACUAUAAUGGAAAUAUAACUGUAUAAUAGGAAUCAUUCUAAUACACCCGAAAAAAUUUCCUUUUCUACAAUCUAAAUAAUAAAAAUAAACUUCGCUAUACAUUUAUUCAUACAUGCUUCAAAUGUUCUACAAUAUAUGUUAUGCACUUUGCGUGCAAGUGCACGGUCACAGUCUUAUUUACACGUACCAUCAUUUGACAGUACUUUCUUCACUUUGGUUUUCUGUCAUUUGUCAGUUUUUAUAAAUAUACAUUGCUAACUGCAAGAUUAUUUCCUUUCAGUGUACCUAACGUUUCGCGCAUUACGUGAACACGAUAGGAACAAUCAUUUUAUGAAACGAUAUUUUCUCAGAAAAAAAAAAAGAGAGAAUAAGAAAACUUAUAAAUGCUUCGAAAAUCUUGAAAAAGUUUUCAAAUAUAUCGAUAAAACUAAUAUGGCGGAUCGACAGUAACGAAUUUGUUUCACAACAGUAGCACAUGAGAGAGGGGGAGAGGGGGAGAGAGGGAGGGAGGGAGAGAGAGAGAGAAGAAAAAAGAAUAAAUAUACGAAAGACAAAAAAAAAAAAUCUCUUUCUUGGAACUAAUCUUGCUAUAACAAAGUAAUGUUAAGAAUAAGAAAACAAAAUCAUGAUAGGAAGUGUCUUUAUAAGUUUAAAUCGCUUUUUGUGCAGAAAUUUAUGUCUACGACUAUUAAACGAAGUACACUGCCAUACCCGGAACUGUACACGUGGCAGGAGUGCGGAAAAUUUGUCAGUGACUACGUUAAGUACGAACCACUGAACAAACCACUCAAAAUGCCAAAGCAAGUGCGUUCACCUACAUGGGUGCAGAAGUUUCGAAAAGGCAAUUGCUUUGAAUGUGCAACAUUUCUUACUAGCUUGUUACUAGGUCAAGGGUAUAAUGCAUUUGUAGUAAGUGGUUAUGCAUCUAGAGAACAAGCACUUUGUGAUUUGACAAGACGAUCAUGCCCUUAUAUACCACAACCGGAAAAAAAAUUUCAAGAAGAUACGAUACGUCCCGAAAUUACCAAAUACAAACUUAAUCUCAAUGUAGAAUAUAAAAAUCAAUUUUUAUCAGAAUCGGAAGAAGAAAAAGCUAGAAAAUUACAAGAAAAAUUAUUAAUAGCUGAAAAGGAGCAACAAAAUUUAAUUGAAGAAUUAGAGCAACUUCCAAUAGAUGAAUAUUGGGGACAUAGAAUACAUGCUUGGGUAGCGAUAUUACCAGAAUUAGGUGGAUUGAGGGAUGAAGAAAUUCCUUGUCCAUUAUUUAUUGAGCCUACCACUGGUGUAUCUUACGAAGUUACAGACGACGAUACAGCUCAAUUAUACCUCGGUGUAGAAAGUAUAUGGAACGAUCAAAAUUAUUGGGUAAAUAUGCAGGUAUCUGUACAAUCGUGCGUAAACAUAGAAUGGGAUUUAAUGAAAGUAGAAUUAUGGGAACAUUUGCUUCCCGGAGAACCAUGGACAACACAUGCAGGAGAAAUUGAUGAAGAAUCUGCUAUGCGUCAAGAAAAACAUUUGGAUAUGCCAUUAUCAUACGUUAAUCAAAUAAAUAUUAGCGAAGAAGAAUUUGAGAAACGAUUCCCAAAUGGUAUGAAAAUAGUAUUGUAUAAAAAAACAAAAGUUGAAUUUUACGCACCAUAUAUUCAAACAGAUGGAUUGAUACAACGAAUUACUACAUACGAUAAUGACAUGAAUCCUAUCGAUAUAUAUGAAAAUUAUAGAAAUAGAUCUGAUAAUCUCAUAGAAUCACGAAGAAAUAUGGUUGACGGUACUGUCAUAGAUUAUUAUACAAGAGGUCGAGUUGAUCAGUGUAAAGAACAUCGAUAUUUUUUAUUGAAUAAUAUCAAUGUAGAUAGUGAGCGAAUUUUAGAUUUUUAUUACGUUGCUCGUUUCGAUGGAUUAUCUAAAUUCGAAAUGCAUCCAACUUAUUUAACGCAACACUUUGUCGAUCGUGAUGAUUUUCUAUAUUAUCGGCAUGUAGAAUUUUUACAAGACAAAAAAGGUGAAACUCAAGAUAUUCAUUAUCGACAUAUUUCGAAGAUUGUCGAAAAAUUUAAUAGAGAUGAACGAAUAAAAGCAAGUAAAAAUAUAGCAAUCCGUGAAUUUGCUAUUGAUGAUAAUGAAAUACAUCUUACUUAUCAUUAUUAUCCAGGCAAUUUUACUAGAGCUUUGCGAACAUAUAUAAAACCACCAUUAGCAGAAAGGGGAGAACGAUUGGAUCUUAAUCCAGCAAUGACACAUGGAUAUAAUCCUCUAAAUGAACCUGAUAAGGCUUUAGAUUUAUUAUACGAACUAGAUGCACAAUUAAAAGAAGAGGAUAUAUCUAUAUCUCAAGUUAGAGCGGCGGAAAAAGAAAUGUUUUCUUUUCUCGAGAUAAGAAAAAGUGAAUAUUUAACGCCAAAACUGUUGAUAUCUAUAUAUGAUAAACUUAGGGAAUCGGAAUCUCUAAUAGAAGCAUUGAAGAAACAAAGUCUAAAAGAUAUCACGGAAGAAAUAAAUUAUUUGAAGCCAUAUUUGGCUCGUUUAGGAAAUCCAUCGGAGCUAUCAGAAGCUGAAGCAUACUUAAUACAAUAUGCAUGUAUUCGUGAUUAUAAACAAUUACUUAUACGUAGGGCGAAUAAAAUCUUACAUGAAUUUGAGAAAUAUUCGCAAGAAUUAGUGAAAACGCAAGCAUUGAUAUUACAGGAAGAAGAUUUAACUCGCGAAGAAGAAGAAAAAAUAUUAGAAAAAAUAAAUGAAAUAAGUUUUUAUUUACAAACUUUAGAAAACAGAUUAAAUCGUCAUAGAGAUUUGGUUCCUAUAAAAUACAAAAUGUUGAUGAAUAAUUUACAACAAAAUCCACAUCUUGCGAUAAUUAAAGAAAGUUUAAUGUAUUUUUGAAAAAAAGCAGAUAUAUAGUAUAAACAAUUUAUUUUAUUGAAAAGACCAAGAACCCAUUUGUCCAAUACAUCGACCUAAUAUAAAAUAAUUUUAUAUUAUAAAAAUCUUAAAUUUUUAACAAAUUUUUACAUGUUAUUUACCUUCAUCAUCAAAAGUGGCUAAUGUAAAUUUACUAAGUUUAUUAGUAAAACUUCCAGUAUUGGAACCAAUCAUAUGGUCUGUUAAACGAUCACUAUUCGCAAUAUCACUAUUAUUUCUAUGACGACGAUGUUCUUCAGCAAAGCCAGAAAUCAAAAUAUCCAUCAUUAUUGCCUUAUAAUAAAAUAAAUUUUAGUAAUUUAAAUUAUUAAAGUUAACUUUUCUAGGAAUAAGUCAUACUUGUCUUGAGAAUACUUGUAGAAUUUUAUAAACUUGUGUUCCAUUUUCUCGCACAGGAAACUGUAGAAAUAAACAUGGUAGACAAUCCGGAUUAUUUUCAUCUGAAGGUUUCGCCAUUUCCCAACUUAACUCUGAAUAUCUUAGACCCAAUAAUAAACUCUGUAAAAAAGUUAUUUGUAAUGUAUUAUAUGAAUAAUAAUUAAUAUAUAAUA